AUGAAAAAUUCAGAUGAUUUCAUCUCGAAAAUUCAAAAUGAUCUGAAUUGCCAACAUUAUAUAUCCGAAUGCGAUACUGGUUUUAUAUCGAAUGAUAAAUCGUUGCUGACUCCUUGCUAUUUCGGAGGACCGAUUUUAAAAAGAUUAAAUGAUGCCAGUAAAGUAUUUCAAUUCUAUUCAAAUGCAGGUUUACAGAUUGGAUCACCCUUCACAUAUCGAAAUGCAUUUGAUAUCCACACCAUUUAUAUUUUUCCAGAUUGCACUGUUGGCUUUCUACAUAAAGAUUCAACACUCGUUAUAGUAAAAGCAUCAGGUAUGAUUGAAACUGUAUUUUCUCCCAUUGCUGAUGUGGUUUCUUCUCAGUCUUCUUAUUUAGGAUUAACUUUUUUGACGAAAAAUGGCUUAAUUAUAUUCGUAAAUGCCUUCAAAAAGUCAGUAGAUAUUACAAUCUCCGUAGAUCCGACAAUUACUCCCGUUAAUGUUGCAUUACACUCCUUAACAAACGAAACAUUUAUAAUUGUCAGCGAUGACCAUAAUAUUUACUUGAAAUCAAGAACAAACCUUCAAUACCUAGCCGGAUUAGAUAGUCUACCGCAAAAAUUAUAUGUCCCUAUUGAUGGAAAAAUCGGAAUUGCAGUUAUUUCAACUGUUGGAGUCGUUUUUCCCAUUGAUUCCUCAAUACAAGACCACAUCCCAUUCGUAUCAUUGGAAGAAUGCGAAAUUGCUGGCUGGUGUGAUGAUAUUUUCGUUUCUUUUUCAAAUUCAGAAAUUUCAAUUUUUUCGAAUUUUAAUUACAUACAGACAGUUCGCUUUGACGAUCUGAGAUAUGCUUUUUCAGACUAUAAAACAAUAAGAGUUUUAACUUCGCAAGGUUUAUACGUAAUUGUUCCAGAAAUAAAAGAAAUUACAGAUUUCAAAUCGAGUCCAGAGCGUGAUACUAUAAACUUGCUCAUAAAUUCAUACAAAUUAUACGAAAAUAAAUCAAUAGAAUGCUUAUUUAAUACAGAAAAUCUCGAUUAUUCGGAUGUCGUUGAAAAAAUGGUCAGAAUUGCACCUUACAUACUCGAUUUCGAUAUACAACGUACGAUAAUGAAUACUUCUUCGUUUGUAAGAUCUUCUACGAACUCAUUUAGUUUGAAUUUUUCAAAUUUUGCUGAAAUUAUCAAAAAUAUUAAAUUUAUUAACACCAUGUUCCUAGAGAGAAAGAUUUCGUUUACUACAACCCCUUACAUGGUUUCUUUUUUGGAAAAUAAUUUAUUUACAGAUUUUUACACUUUUUCAGUCGAACGACUCUGCAACUUGCUCUUAUAUAACGAGGCUGCUCGUUUAAGUGACUUUUACGGCAUGAGCGAGGCAAUUGUUUCCGAAAAAUGGGCUGUUGACUAUUUAUCACUAAAAGGCCAAGAUUCUAUCAAUUUUGUCAUCAACAGACUCAAAAGUAUCCCGAAUGUCAACUACCGAGAAAUCGCCGAUAAUUGUCUAAAGAGGAACUUCCCCUCUUCAGCUGUCACUUUUGCGAAUCAACUUACCUGUGUAAAAGACCGCGUCCAAUUUCUUUUGCCGCUGAGUUUGAAGGAGAGUAUAGACUCCUCAAUUAAUAAUCUCGAUGGUUCUUCAAUAGUUUCGGUUUGGAAGAAGACAGGACAAGAAUUAUCACAAAUGAGAGAUACAAUAUUGUAUUGCAAGUGGAUGAACACUAAAUUACCACUUGAAUUUAAUGAAUUUGCAACUUACAUAUAUGUUUUCUUUGAACAAAACAUGAAAAGAACUAAAUCAUACGGAAAUGACACAAAAGUUCUAGAAGCUGGACUUGCUGCUAUUCCAGAGAAUGAUGUAUACUACAAGCAAGCAUGCCAUAGCCAGAUUGCUCUUAAUAUAAUGCUUGAUAAAAAGAAAUCUGACAAAUCUUCGCUUUCUUUCACUAAAUCUCCAAGGCAGUACAUGAAAGAAGCUGUUAUAAACAACGAUGAAGAGAUGUUUAAGAAGAUCAAAGACAAAUACCACUUCUCAGACCAGAUGUCAUCAGUAAUCAGACUCCAGGCACUGGCUUCCAACGAAAUGUGGUCGCAGUUUGAUAAUGCGACUCGUUCUGAGCCUCCAUGUGGCUGGAUGACUGUUUGCGACAUUGUUUUCGCUGCAGGAAACUUUGAAAAAGCGAAAAACUUUGUCAGAAUGGCCCCAACAUCCCAACAGAAACUCGCAAUGUGCGAUAAACUGAAGAUGUGGACUGAAGCAAGGAUUAUGUGUGAGGAAUUGAAACUUAACGAAUUAACGGAGAAAUAUAGAAAUUUAGAACUCGCUUCUCACUUGUAA